CUAAAAUACUAUGGAUCCAGGUUGAAUUCCUUUGAAAGGAAUGAACUGCAGAGCGGUGAAUUCCCGGAAAUUUGGUAUCUGGGUCUGGAUGCAACCAAAAUGGAAGGCGAAGAUGGCGGACCCCACAACAAUGGUUAUGACGAUGAUAAUGGAUCCUACGUAAAGGUACUCCAUGAUCAUUUAUCGUAUAGGUAUGAAAUUCUGGAAGUAAUAGGUAAAGGAUCUUUUGGUCAAGUCAUUCGUGCUCUAGAUCAUAAAACAGAUCAACAAGUAGCUUUAAAGAUAAUUAGGAAUAAGAAAAGGUUUCACCAGCAGGCUCUGGUGGAAGUUAAAAUUCUAGAACAUUUGUGCAAAAAAGACAGGGAUGGGAGUCACCAUAUGAUCAAAAUGCUAAAUCAUUUUUAUUUUAGAAAUCAUCUCUGCAUCACAUUUGAACUUAUGGGGUUAGUAUGGAUCCAUUGAAAUGUGUUUGUUCUU